AUGGGGAAAGUUAGGGACGGGAUAAAAGAAUACGUAGAGGACAUAAAGGAAGCCGUGAAGAAAUCAGAGGAGGAGGGAAAUAUAGAAGAAAUGUUAAAGAAAAAGAAACAGGAAGCCGCCAUGGGUAAACCUGCCCCUGCCACACCAGUAGCGGCGAAACCGGUGGCAACGACUACCGGACAAGGAGGUACGACAUCAUCACCUGGUGGUGAUGGUGGUAAGGGUGGUGGUCGUGCCGGACCGAAGGAAGGAGUGCAGACUGCCCCAGCAGGGGAAUGUCAAGGGGAGAGAUUAUCCCAGUGGGGACAUAAGACAGUGUACGUGGUGCAUCCACAUAAUAAAGAACAUCUGGAAAAAUUGAAUAAGGUGUUGCAGGAAUUUACGGAAUAUAUGGAGAAAUAUAAAGAGCACGCAGAUGCGUUUGGUGCCAAUUGUUAUAAUGUAGGUUGGGAGGAUAUCUCCUCAGAUGGGCAUUUUUACAUGGGCCAAACAGUAGCAGAUGUCGUACGGUGCAGAGUUAUGAGCGUUGCAUGGGCCUUUGCAAAUGGGUGGCACAAGAGUACACAGCAUACACAGGACAGGGUGCGCAUGGACCCAGAAGAAGAGAACAGGCUCAGAUGUGAAGUGGCAAAUAUAUUUGGACACUUACUGAAAGAAAAAUAUUGUCCCCACCAAGAACAGUGGAAAAGAGGUGUAGAGUAUUCUCGGAUAGCAUUGAAGAAAAUGCAAAGCACAGGAAAAAAUGGAGCUGGAGUGGUAGCGGGUCCUGUUAUCGACGGCAGGUGUACAGCAUGUGGCUAUCACGGCCAUGAGAGGCUACCGGGAGUGGUAAAUUGGGACAUAGCAGAUUGGUUAUUGUACGACGCGAAAAUAUUGCACGGAAUCGAGAAUAUAGAACGGGGCGCGAACUGUAAUAAAAAGUGGAAGGAGUAUACAAAAGGGAAGAUGAAGGAGGGUGAGCCGACACGGGUGGACGAAACGAAAAUCACUGCAAUAAAGGACACGGAGAAGAAGAUAGUGGAGGAAGCAACAAGGGUAAUUGAGAAGGCCAAGGUCGCAGUAGAACAGGAAAUUGAAAAACAGAAAGGUAACUCAAGUGCAGGACCCGAACUUGCGGAUACCGGAGGAGGGUCCACAACGACCACACGACCCGGAUCGCCACCACAAGCACCGGCAUCCCCAGUAUUACCAGCAGCACCUGCAGGACCAGCAGAGGGACCAUCACCACCUCCUCCGGAGGAGCCACCUGCUCCACCAGCGCCAGGGGCACCAGGCAACACAGAUGAUACACGUGAUGCAACAUCCACGGGCCCACACGAACAAUCAGGUGAGGAAACGUGUAAGGCGACUCUGGAUAAGAAUCAACUCACCACCGGCAGUGUUGUUAUAACUCCAACCUGCACGCCCGAUGAAGAUUUAGGAGGAGGACAAACACUCACAGAUGCUAUUGCCCACGGUACUGUGGCUAAGGACGAUAAUGUAGAUUCAAACCAGGCACCAGCAGCAAAAUCACUGGAACCAUCCACAAGAACAUCCAGUGAUACUACCAUACUGGACAGGAUGAAUCCACAGAACCCUGAGCCCCCCUCCCCUGAUUCACCCGCAUCAAAUCAUCCAAGGGACUAUGAUCCACAUUCAACCGGCUUUUGCUUCCUCGACAGUAGUGGUGCGGAAUGCCAGGAUUUGACCAAAUCCUCUGCUACUGGUCCCUAUUCCGUCUUCGGUGAAACGGAAAAGACUGUUGAUCCUCCCUCUUGGACAGGCUAUGUACCAGGAUUAGAUGAUGUUGCGAAUGGAUUUGUACCACCGAUUCCAGCAGAUGGAACAUUGAGUUCAUCGAAUAACAACCAAAGUCCCGGUAAAGUUGACUAUGCUGUCCCCGACCUCACCGACGCCGUCCUUACCGCCACUACUCCCGUACUCUUCUUCCUGUCCGCCGUCACCGUCGCCCUACUGGGUUAUUCCCUUUGGAAGGAACGCUAA